AUGCGAGUUGGAGUGCUUAAAGGCAACGGUAUCGGUCCCGAAAUCAUGAGGGCUACGCAACGCGUUCUCGAAGCUACUGGUGUCCCAAUUGAGUGGCAGGACAUCUUGAUAGCUGAAGAAGCAAUUGAUAAAUACGGGCACCCGCUUCCGCCCGAGACCGUUGCCCAACUACAAUCGGUCGGCGUGACCAUCAAAGCCCCAAUCAUUGCUCACAAACUUGUGGGCCGCAUCACAUGCGAUCAUCCUGGUGGGACUUCAGCAACUUAUCCAUCAUUGAACAACGCCAUCAGACAAGAGUUAGGGCUCUUUGUGAACCCCAGGCCUAUCCAAGGUUUCCCGGGCGUCUCCGGACGUCAUGAGUCUCUCGAUGUUGUCAUCAUGAGAGAGGUUACUGAGGACCUAUAUUGUGGCAUCGAACAUACGAUUGGCAACGACAUAGCCGCUGAGGCCAUCAAACUAACGACACGCGAAGCCGCAACUAGAGUUGCUCGAUAUUCGUUCGAGUACGCGCGCAGACACGGCCGCAAACGAGUCACCUGUCUUCAUAAAGCCAAUGUCCUCAAUCACACCGAUGGACUAUUUCUUCGUUGUUUCCGCGAAGUCAGCAAAGAUUUUGAAGAUAUCGAAGCCGACGACCUCAUGAUUGAUGCCGCGUGCUAUCUGAUUGUGCGCGAUCCAAAACGAUUUGACGUCGUAGUCGCUGCGAACCAGUAUGGAGAUAUUUUCUCUGACCUGGCUGCAGGACUAGCAGGAUCCUUAGGUUUGGCUCCAGGGGUGAAUGUAAGCGAUGGUAUUUCUGUCUUUGAAGCUUGUCAUGGCGCCGCCCCCGACAUUGCAGGUAAAGGCAUUGCCAAUCCUUUAGCGCUGAUAUUGAGUGGAGCUCUGCUUCUUGAGUCAAAAAACCAUCACAGAGAGGCCGAAGCGAUUCGGAAGGCCACGCGUUUUGUGGUCGGCAAACAAAAGACUCUCACCCCAGACUUAGGUGGCAUGGGUACUACAGAGUCUCUAACAAAUGCAGUGGUAGAGGAAGUGAAGCUUAUCAUGGCUGGUAAAUAA